AAUUCGACUCAACUCAACCCAAAUCUUUUCCUUUUUUUUCUCUCUCGUUUAAUCUUCCAAUUCUUUUUCAAGAGAAUCAAAACACGCCUCUUUCUCGACCCAACAAUUCUUGUUUUGGUGGGCUGGAAUUCGAAUCUGGGCAUCAGUCUUGAGAUCAAGACUCGAUAACCUGGCUACCCAUUAGCUCAAUUUCAUAAUUUAUGCAACUGUGUUCGAUAAAAAGCUGCUGAAGAUUGUUGUUCGACGAUGGGGUUUGAUUUCGGGUUAUUGGUUGGGAAGAUGGGUAGCAGUACAUUGGGUACCUCUGAGUACGCUUCCAUUGUUUCUAUGAACUUGUUUGUUGCUCUUCUUUGUGCUUGUAUUGUGAUCGGUCAUCUUUUGGAGGAGAAUCGAUGGAUGAAUGAAUCUAUCACUGCUCUUGUUAUUGGUAUUUGCACAGGAGUUGUUAUUUUGUUAAUUAGUGGAGGAACAAGUUCACAUCUUCUAGUCUUUAGUGAAGAUCUUUUCUUCAUUUAUCUUCUUCCACCGAUCAUCUUCAAUGCUGGGUUCCAGGUUAAGAAGAAACAAUUUUUUCGCAAUUUCAUGACCAUCGUGCUAUUUGGUGCUGUUGGUACUGUGAUAUCUUUCACAAUCAUAUCAUUUGGUGCUAUAAACAUUUUCUCGAGGAUGGAUAUUGGUUCUCUUGAGCUGGGAGAUUAUCUUGCAAUUGGUGCGAUCUUUUCUGCAACCGAUUCUGUUUGCACUUUGCAGGUGCUCAAUCAGGAUCAGACGCCUUUAUUGUACAGUCUGGUGUUUGGGGAAGGCGUCGUGAAUGAUGCUACAUCCGUUGUCAUUUUCAAUGCUGUUCAAAACUUUGAUUUAUCUCAGAUCACAACAAGUGUUGCAUUUCAGUUGAUUGGAAAUUUCUUUUAUUUAUUUAUCACAAGUACACUUCUAGGAGCUGGAGCCGGACUACUAAGUGCAUAUAUUAUCAAGAAGUUAUACUUUGGAAGGCAUUCGACAGAUCGAGAAGUUGCUAUAAUGAUACUCAUGGCUUAUCUUUCAUACAUGCUAGCUGAGUUAUUCUAUUUGAGUGGCAUUCUCACGGUAUUCUUCUGUGGAAUCGUGAUGUCUCAUUACACUUGGCAUAAUGUCACAGAGAAAUCUCGAGUAACUACCAAGCAUGCGUUUGCGACAUUGUCAUUUAUUGCAGAGCUGUUUAUCUUUCUUUAUGUCGGUAUGGAUGCUUUAGAUAUUGAGAAGUGGAGCGUUGUAGCAGACAGCCCCGGGACAUCAGUUGAAGUGAGCGCGAUUUUAUUGGGAUUGGUUUUGGUCGGUAGAGGCGCCUUUGUCUUCCCGUUAUCAUUUUUAUCCAACUUAACGAGGAAGAAUCACCACGAGAAAAUCGAUUUUAGGCAGCAAGUUUUAAUAUGGUGGGCCGGUCUUAUGAGAGGCGCUGUGUCGAUGGCCCUUGCUUAUAACCAGUUCACGAGGUUAGGCCACACACAGUUACGGGGGAAUGCAAUCAUGAUAACGAGUACCAUCACCGUCGUCCUCUUCAGUACAAUGGUGUUUGGUCUGAUCACACAGCCUCUUGUCAGACUCUUGCUGCCCGCUCCCAAAAACUCGUUACACCGAAUGAUUUCCUCCGAACCAACGACACCUAAAUCCUUCAUUGUGCCACUUCUCGGAAACGGUCAGGAUUCUGAAGCCGAUCUCCCCCAACAUGUCCCCCGACCCUCGAGUUUACGAAUGCUCCUUUCAACGCCUUCUCACACCGUUCACCAUUAUUGGAGAAAAUUCGAUAAUGCAUUCAUGCGUCCCGUUUUCGGUGGUCGUGGUUUCGUACCCUAUGUUCCCGGUUCACCAACAGAACAAAGUGUUCAUCAUCUGAUCGACGAAGAAACGGAGUCGUAGAGUCAUAAGUAUUUGUUUAUAUAUUGGAUACUGAAAUAUCUUUUGAACGAUCGUGUCAUUACCGUUUUGGCGGAUCGGGAGCGUUGUUUUCCGAUUAGUAUUUAGUUUAAAGGCGAAUCAGUUGUGAGUUGUGGGAGUGUAGAUUAUGGUCGUACAUCGACACCUUCUUGAAAGCGUAAUGUAUAAUUUGUGUAUCUAUGCGUAUGUACCAAAUUUCUUCUGUCGAACCUUCUAUUUAUGUAUUUGAUUGCGUAUAAAUGAGAUAAUCAAAAAGUCGCGUUUUUGGAUGGUUUGAAAGCU